AUGGCUCUCAAUGAUUGCUGGCUUCAGAGCAUGUCCUGCAACUUCUCUAAUCACAGUAUGGAUCUCCCCAUGAAUGAGGACUGGUUCCACCCAGGGAUCCUCUAUGUCAUCCCUGCAAUUUAUGGGGUCAUCAUUCUGAUAGGCCUCAUUGGCAACAUCACCCUGAUCAAGAUCUUUUGUACCGUGAAGUCCAUGCGAAAUGUGCCAAACCUCUUCAUCUCCAGUCUGGCUUUGGGAGAUCUGCUCCUCCUGGUAACCUGUGCUCCCGUGGAUGCCAGCCGGUACCUGGCUGACAGAUGGCUGUUUGGCAGGAUUGGCUGCAAACUGAUCCCCUUUAUACAGCUCACCUCGGUGGGGGUGUCUGUCUUCACACUCACGGCUCUCUCCGCAGACAGGUACAAAGCCAUCGUCCGGCCAAUGGAUAUCCAGGCCUCUCAUGCCCUGAUGAAGAUCUGCCUCAAAGCCGCAUUGAUCUGGAUCAUCUCCAUGCUUCUGGCCAUUCCAGAAGCUGUGUUUUCUGAUCUACAUCCUUUCCAUGAGGAAAGCACCAAUCAGACCUUCAUCAGCUGUGCCCCAUACCCACACUCUAAUGAGCUACAUCCCAAAAUCCACUCCAUGGCUUCCUUUCUGAUCUUCUACAUCAUCCCACUGUCGAUUAUUUCUGUCUACUACUACUUCAUUGCCAAAAAUCUGAUCCAGAGUGCUUACAAUUUGCCUGUGGAAGGGAAUAUACAUGUCAAGAAGCAGAUUGAAUCCCGGAAGCGCCUUGCCAAGACAGUGCUAGUGUUUGUGGGCCUCUUUGCCUUCUGCUGGCUCCCCAACCAUGUCAUCUACCUGUACCGCUCCUACCACUACUCCAAGGUGGACACCUCCAUGCUUCACUUUGUCACCAGUAUCUGCGCCCGCCUCCUGGCCUUCACCAACUCCUGUGUCAACCCUUUUGCCCUCUACCUGCUGAGCAAGAGUUUUAGGAAGCAGUUCAACACCCAGCUCCUCUGUUGCCAGCCUGGCCUAUUAACCCGGUCUCACAGCACCGGCAGAAGUACCACCUGCAUGACCUCCCUCAAGAGUACCAACCCCUCUGCAGCCACCUUCAGUCUUAUCAAUGGAAACAUCUGUCAUGAGGGGUAUGUCUAGACUGACCAUUGACCCUGCCCGGCUGUGGCCCCUUGGUUUUGCUCUAUGGCUGGUAAAGAACCCUCACAUCUGUUGUUAUCUCUGUACCCUCUAAAGACCCUUUGUAAAGCUGAGGAGUGAUACAGGCAGGUUGGGGAGAGGCCUAAAUGGAUCUCUGUUAUGUUUGAAAAGCCCAUCAAGGCGUACCUUUUCCAUUUUAAUUUGUGAAUACUUCUGAUAUAGAGCAAACUACCUUUUUAAAGAAAAGAUACCAAAUAGAAAAUUAUUAUUUUAAGCAUCAAACCCUGAUAUACAGGU